AGCGCAUUGUUUUGGAAUGUUUGAAAUUCCCAAUUCAAAAAAAUACCUAUUGGUCGGUGAAAUAUAUUUGGGACUUUGGACUUUUGUUCAAUUUUGCAUUAUUUCAAUUGUUUUUGUUAAGUUUUCUAUUAAUUGUUAAAUCCACAAUGAUUAGGAAGUCAGUUGCUUUGGUUAGAUCUUCGAAAUUAACACCCGUAAGAGGCAUACUAACAAGGCUAUACUCUUCGAAUGUUGAUGUACCGAAGUUUGAAACAUUAGGUGUCUCCGUUCCAAUCAAAAAUGUCUUCCAUGUUGAGUUGAAUCGACCUAAACAGUUGAAUACUUUUAAUAAAGCUAUGUGGAAAGAACUGGAAGCAUGUUUUUCAUCGCUGAAUGUGAAUCCUGAGUGUAGAGUCAUAGUUUUGUCUGGACAAGGAAAACAUUUUACUGCUGGAAUUGAUUUCAACAGUCUGCUAGAGGAGACGAGUAAAGCGGAGGAUUUUGAUGACAUUGCGCGCAAGGCUCGGAUUUUGAACACCCUAAUUAGUUACUGUCAGGAUGGUAUCACAAGUCUUGAGGACUGCACAAAGCCAGUGCUUGCGGUUGUGCACAACGCUUGCAUUGGAGCGGGAGUCGACCUUAUCACUGCAGCUGAUAUGAGAUACUGCACAGAAGAGGCGUGGUUUCAAGUGAAGGAAGUGGACUUAGGUCUAGCAGCCGAUGUAGGCACGCUGCAAAGGUUACCCAAGGUCAUAGGCAAUACCUCUACAGUGAGAGAGUGGUGCUUCACAGGAAGAAAAGUCCAGUCAAAAGAGGCCUCCGAAGUGGGUCUCGUUAGUAAAGUUUACCCUGACAAAGAUAGUGCGCUAAAGGAAGUUCUAGAAAUAGCCCAAAGUAUAGCCCUGAAGAGUCCCGUAGCGGUGCAAAUGACGAAGCAGUCCCUCGUCUACUCCCAGAGUAGACCUACUAAAGAUGGAUUGGAACACAUUAAACUGAUAAACCAAGCGAUGCUGCAGAGUGAGGAUUUGAAGAAGGCUGCCAUGGCGACGGCCACUAAAACUGAAACUGAAUUCGAUAAUUUGUAAACUACUAGCUGAUAGUUGAUACAUGCACACAAUAUAGACUGCUAAAAUCAUAACCCUUCCUUUUGGAUUUGCCGUAGUCGGGUAAUAAUAAGGAGUACUUAUUUUAUAACUAGUAUAUGUAUUACCUUGUAUUUUUUGCGGAAUCCAAAAGGAGGAGGAAAAGAGGAGAAUU